AUGACCAGGUGGACUCUGUUCCUGGCCACCUAUCCAUACAAGCUGGUGCAUCGCCCGGGGAAGAACCUGUGCCAUGCAGAUGCCCUCAGUCGUUGCCCUUUACCUGUGCCAGUCGAAGACCCCACACCCAUCCACGCCAUUUUUGAGGUCAACGAACUCAACCUGCCCAUCACAGCCGAGGACAUUGCCACUCACUCCAGAAGAGACAAGGUAAUCGCCCAAGUCCUGGACUGGGUGGGAAAGGGGUGGCCUGAAAUUCAGUACACCCCUGAGUUUUUGCCAUUCAAGAUUCGCAGGCAAGAGUUGUCAUCCCUACAGGGUUGUUUGCUGUGGGGGACAAGGAUGGUCAUCCCUACUACACUACAAGAGCCAGUCUUAAAGGUCCUGCACAAAGGCCACCCAGGCAUCAUGAGGAUGAAGACUCUGUCCUGCAGCUACAUGUGGUGGCCAGGCAUGGAUGCCCAGAUCUCCAGAUGGGUAAGCACAUGCCAGCCAUGCCAAGCUACCAGACCAGUACCUCCGGCAGCCACUCCUAUCAGGUGGGAGGAUUCUGGGGCCCCCUGGUCCCGGCUGCACAUUGACCUGGCUGGCCCUGUGCAUGGGCGGACUUUCCUAGUCAUAGUGGACUCUUUCUCCAAAUGGAUUGACCUGGCUUUGCUUCCUUCCACAACUACGCUGGCUGUCACAAGAGCCCUGACCAGAGUAUUUGUCACCCAUGGCCUCCCUGACACCCUUGUAUCCUACAAUGGCCCCCAGUUCACCUCCUGUGAAUUUGAAGUUUUCGCAGCCAAUCUGGGCAUCAGGCAUGUCCUCACAGCCCCUUUUCACCCUGCAAGCAACGGGAUGGCUGAAAGGGCAGUUAGGUCAGUAAAGGAGGCCUUGGCAAGGUUUGGCCAAAUUGAUUGGCACUCCAAACUGUCCAGAUACCUACUGACCCAGCAUACAACCCCCUGUACCACAACCAACAAAUCACCUGCAGAGUUACUAAUGGACAGGCGCCUUAGAACCACCCUGGAUAGGUUGCACCCCCAUUACACCCCUGGCACCCCUUUGGGCUCUGACAGCCAGGCCAGGAAAUUCACCCUGCAUGCCCUGGUCUAUGACAGGAAUUAUGCAGGGGACCCACUAUGGGUGCCAGGACAAGUUAUAUCAGUUACAGGGCCUAAGUCCUAUAGGAUCCUCCUGGACAACGGUUGUAUGUGGCACCAACACAUAGACCAGCUGAGGAGGCAUUGGAGAAGGACUACAGAAGACCCCCAAUUCCCGCCAUAUGAACGGUCCACCCAGCGAACGCCGAGGGUCCCCAGCCAAGCGAACUGGUCUACCCAGCAAAUGCUGAGGGUUCCCAGCCAAAUGACCCGGUCUACCCACCAAACCUAA